UUAAUUAAAUGUAAGAAAAGCAUCAACACUUGAAGAAUGUUUAUUUGUCCUAUGUAGACAAUGAAAUUCACACCUUAACCUGUGAAUUGUUGUUUAUAAUUUAAAGUUUUGACGUGCGCGGACAUUUCCAGCUGGCAAUACCCUAUAUAACGCUCCCUCUUCAGACAAAAGCAAUCAAUCGAGCAUUUCUGUCUGUUCAUUUUGAUUGGCAGGUAAAAGAAAAAUUUACAAAAUUGGAACUUUUAUUUAGACAUUUUCCAGUUAAGGAAAUGUAGCAAGAUGGUUCAGUCUCUGGUUGUUUCUUUUCUGCUUACUAUAGUUUUUGCUGAUGAGCUAGGCUGGAUGAAAUGGGAUGCAUUUGAUGAACUCGAACAACAGUUUCGAACCGUGAAUGGCGAAAACUGUAGGUCAAAGCCUUUAAGUGAUUUAAUAAUGCCCGAAGAUGUUCUAACACAGAUACCGAAAUAUAAUGAACUACGUACCAAAGUGUUUUAUAAAAAUCGGACAAACCUCAUUCAUCUGCACAAUAUGGCCCUGAAUAGAGCUUUUUACUUUAGCUACAUAUACCAAAGACUGAACACAUCGGAAGUCUUUGAGACCAUGCCGGAUGUUCAUUAUCUCCAUUUUUCUGUAGCUGCUGAUAUCAAUGCACAUCCCACAGUCAAUGGCAGCGCCAUGUACUUCGAUCAGGACUGUUAUUACCCCAACUGGAUGAUUAACUACGACUUUAACCGCACUCUUCCCCUUUUUGCACCACGGUCGUGGAGAUGGGAUGAUACCUUUGACCAGGUCAAUAUUCUACGAGAACCAACUCUCACGACGACACUUGUAGUAGAUGCUGGAAGUGGCUUUCAUAAAAACUAUACAAAUCACGGAUACCGAAUGAACCCCUGGUAUGACUUCUGGCUGCCGGACACUCGUCCAAUUUAUGAUUCGACCCGAAAAUUCACUUGGAGUGUAAACCUGAAGUUCACCAACACUAGCGGAGACUUCACGCAUGAUACAUUUGAAGGAUUUAAUUUCUUUGGUCCAAAUAACCCUGGAUUAAAUGAUCCCAUGGAGAAACUACCCGUUCGUUUCACCAGACCAUACUUCGACUGUGGAAAAUCCAACAAGUGGGUGGUAUCUGCAGUUUCUCCUGUGGCCGACUUCAUGCCUCGAUACAGUAACUGGACGCACCUCAGACGACCGAGAUUCGUUGGCGUUGUGGUGAUGGACACCGAUUUCGAGCAUGUAGAUUUCAAUCCAUGUGGAAUUAGUGACGGAAAUCCUGGGCCAAGUUACCUGGCGGGAAUUGACAGAUGCAAGAAAAACUCAAAGUGUAAGCACGUAAGCGGUUACGGAUUCCGUCGAGGAAGUUAUGUAUGCAAAUGUCGGUACGGCUACAGAUACCCGACAGAAAUAGAGCACCCUUAUAAGGGUUCUAACAUAGAGGAGUCCACGUGGACAGAAUACAACGAAGGUUUCAACUGUACUCCUACUGAUCAUUUGAACGUUCUACCAACGGUUGAUAAUAUAGAGACCGUUCAUAUUGAAUUCUCUGGAGAAGAGCUAAACACAGGUUUCGUUAAAAAGAGAUCAGUGAAAUCGAUUGAUUCAAAAUCGACAAAUACCCCAAAAAGGAAAAGUACUCGUCAUAAAAGGUCAUUCUACGACAGGCCUUUGUUUGACCAGGACGCCUACAACAGGAUGGUGAGGCUUUACCGCCACAAGUCAAGUGUGACGGGGACGAAUUGUAAAACCUUACCCCCCUCGAGUCUGAUCCUUCCCGGGGAUGUUGGGUACGGGGUGGCUGAACAGUUUCAGUAUCAGGCUAGCGUGGCAGUCCGUCUCUCUCACUUCCUCUCGGCUUACCUCCAGAACACGGAAGAUGCAGAAACCUUCGGUCGAAUUCGAGGGGGAGCGCGUCUGCAUUAUGAAAAAUUGUUUGGAGAAGUCUUAGCCAAUGUAAUGGCUGAUUACAAAAUAUUAUCAAGUGGCAUAUUUUUCGAACCUUACAGUUAUUCAAGUCCAAACGAAUCGAUUCGCCAUUACUUCGGUCCAUUCGCUUACAGACAGAACGAAGAAUUUUAUGUUAUAGACACUGCUGGUCUGUCCGGUAAGCAUUACACUACAGAACUUUGGUACAGAGAGAUGAAAUACCGUUGGAAUACCAACACAGACUCUUUAAAACUUUUUCGUGUCCGCUCAAAAAUGCGCUCAGAUGUUAAUGGGACGGGUAGCCAGACACACGAACAUUCUCCUCUAGGCUACCGCGCUCCCACUUUACAACAGGGCCUCUGGAUGCCGCCCGAGUUUAAAUGUGAUGGCCGAAUAGACGCGUGGGUGAUGACAUACGUUGCGCCAUUUUUUCAGAUGACGAAGCUAUCAGGGAAAGUUCAGUUUAUAGGGGUUGUGACUGUUGAUGUUCCUUUAGGUUUGUUGGAGAUUAAUCCUUGUCCACAACCUUACAACGUCAACAAUGCAUUCAAAAACACCGCCCGCUGUCACACUCAGUCUACAACGUGCCGUCCAAUACCAGGCUUCCGGUUCUCCCGCACGGCGUACGCGUGCGACUGUAAGCAAGGAUACGAAUAUCCGUUCAAGGACCGCAAGCGAUGGAUAGCAGGCUCGCUGAUUGAGAUUGAAUAUCAGAAAAAAAUCAGAGGCUUAUUCAGCAGAUAUGACUCUCUCAGAUGUAGAAUAUCUUCAAGUUCAAAGUUAUCAUGUGAUGCUAUAAUUAUAUUUAUUGCCAUGUCAUGUAUUAUUUAUUUAUUUCAUUAAAAUAUGCAGUUAUAUCAUUAAACAUAGCAAUUUUUUCAUGAUAUUUUUUUUCAUAUCA